UAGAUGAAAGCUACUAAUGCUAACAUCACCUGCUGAGUAAAAUGUAUAAUAAAAAAUUAAACGAAUCAUAUAAUGUUAGACUUUGUGCCCAAUAGAAAAAACACAUGAAAUACAGAAGUGGUAAGUUACAUUGUUGCCUUUUGUGGGAAUUAAAAAUUAGAAUGGGAAGUAAUCUUGUACUAAGUGGGGUUACAUAUAGGGAACAAAUUACAGGAAGAAUAUGAACAAUCUUAGAUUGUGCUGUGAGAGUUUACAGCUUUAUCCAUUGUACCACGACAUUUAUCCUCCACCCAGGCACACUAUAAAAGGAACAGAAAGAAGUAGAGUACUUCUCAAAAGACUUUGCGGCAACAGAGUUGUAUUUGAUCUUCUGCUCUUCAAUCAUCAUGAUGUGGGUUUUCAUCUUUUUGACUGCCUUCUGUGCCCUUGCACAAGGAUGCCCCAAAAUUAUCUCCAGAUCCAGCUGGGGAGGAGUUCCUUCCAAAUGCCAGGCCAAAUUACCAAGAUCUGUCAAAUAUGUAAUUAUCCAUCAUACAGCUGGUGCCUCCUGCAAUUCAGAAUCUGCAUGUAAAGCCCAGGCCAGGAACAUACAGAACUUUCACAUGAAAUCAAAUGGCUGGUGUGACACUGGAUAUAAUUUCCUGAUAGGUGAGGAUGGGCAGGUAUACGAGGGUCGUGGAUGGGAGACUGUUGGAGCACAUGCCAAAAAUUACAACUUCAAUUCUAUCGGGAUCAGUUUCAUGGGAACCUUCACCAAUCGUGCUCCAAACACUGCAGCUCAGAAAGCAGCUAAAGAUCUGAUUAGCUGUGGAGUAGCCAAAAAAGGAAUAAACUCUGAUUAUACCCUUAAGGGACAUCGUGACGUGUCGGCAACAGAGUGCCCAGGAACAAAUCUCUACAAUUUGAUCAAAAAUUGGCCCAACUUUAAGGCUUAAAGGACAUGUAAACCCCCCACACAAAAAAAUAAUCAGUGAACAGCCUCUUUGAAAUCUUUAAAUACCUGACACUCUGGUUGUCCAGAGGUUAAUAGUAAGGUUGCAGCAUCCCCUUAAUCACGUAGAUUUCCUUCUCCUUCUGUAACCCACUCUGCCUUCUCCCUUAGGAAUUUGCUUUGGCUGUUGGCUUGUGGGCAUGCUCAGUUGUUCUAAGCUCAGAUUACUAAACACACCCCCAGUCUAGCAGCCAGUAAAGAGAUGCUGGUUCCCAUAGAUACUCAGCUCUAGCUGUCUGCUUCAAUUUUUUUCUCCUAACCUCCUCUCCUGAGCUCAGCUCAAACAAAGCAGAACUUUUAUCAGACAGUUGUGCCUGUGUGAGCCUGUAUUCUUGAUGAAAUGUAUGCUGAAUAAGGGUCUGUGUGUGUGCGUGUGCUGGUUGCAGAUUUAAAUGUAACUGAUUAUGUAUCAGAGGGAAAAUGGCCACCGGGUAAAAGCUGCUAUUUUCUUUAGGAAAAUGUGAUGGUGCUGGCCAACAGAGGGGAUAUAUGCAGUGCAAAUAAUGCCAUUUGGCUGGGGGAGACGUGCCCAACUGAUAUACAUUGUAGUCAAAUGUAGGCUUUACAUGUCCUUUAAGGGUUACUAUAUCGAUUUGUUUGAUAAAAGUUCUAUAAAUAGGGUUAGUGUUGAACAACUUUUUGCCUGUUUUUGCCAUUUAUUGCACAAUAUCAUUGGCUGUAACAUUUUCCAACUUUCUUUUGAGCAAUAUAUGAGGAAUAUAUGAAAGUUGAUUAUGUUGUAAUUCAACCAUUUAUAUAUAAAGAAUAGACAGAAUACAUUUUCAGCACAAGUACUGUUUAUUUUGCCCAUGUUGCUCAAAAAUGCAUAAAUGCAUAUAGGUAAAUAGUGCCCAUUUAAAGAAGCCUCUUUUAUCAAACAUAUACAGUCUAAUUAAAAAAAUGGAAUAACUGUACCAAUGCUCAACAAGUGGUUAGGGAGAAAACAAAAUCCACACAUCAUUAAGGUGUGUACAAUGCGCUAAGCUUGAGGAAUAUGUUUUUUCUUAAUAAAAAUAAAAUGGAUCAAAUCAACCAUUUAAUGCAAUAACACAUUGUAUAUUUCUAUGUCUGUGAUUUUCAUUUGCCUCUUUAAUCAUGUUACAUUAAAUCUGAUUCACAUGAGAAGAUA